AUGGAGGGGGUUUUAGCCUUCGCCCGGAGAUCUCUGAGUCUGGCAUCGAGCACCGGUACCCGCCAUUCCCCUCCCAAGCUUCUCCCUUCCCGAGGCCCCGCGCCUGUUCCCCGCUCCAGUAUUCGAUUCCAGAACUCGGCGUGUUUCCGGCGGCGGAGGAGGGUACGGUGCCGUAGCAGCAGCGGCGGCGGUAGUUCGCCGGCGCCUGACCCAGGUACUGCCACUCGUCGUGCACCUAGCCAAAAACUGAUGAGGUUGCCUCCGAAGCGGUUUGUUUCCGUUCCACCCCCCUCCCCUCCUUGAAACAUUGCCCUCAUGGGGCCUAAAGCUUCAGGGUCUUCGUGAUACGAACCUUUCGUUUAAUUUUUAUAAGAAAAAUAUUUUUUUUCCUGGGUUGGACUCUGUUCUGUGUUAUUUUAUUCUGUGGAAGGAAGAUGGAUCUCGACUAGCUUUGGUUUUUCUCUGAUAUUCUGAGACUGGGCCUGCAUGUUUCCAGAUGGGCGCGUCAAAUCUGUUUCCUUCGAGCUGGAAUACCAGCGCCCCAUCAGUGAUCGUUUCCCCUCAGCUGUCCAUUUACCGUUACGCAGCUUCAUUAGUUUCGUUAAGUAAUUAGACAGGUUGAUCUGAAUGUUUUCGGAAGGGCUUUUCAUUAUCUUUGCUAAAAAUGCCUAUUUUUUACGCUUUUUCAUCCCUUUCCAUUAACCUGAGGCACCAUCUGUAAUAUAUGUUUGUAUUUUUCAGAGCGGCAGAAGGAAGAGACUAAUUUUUAAGGGCUUUUAAUAUUUCAGGUGAAAACGAUAGCAAAGCUGCUCUAGAUGCCUUCUUCCUGGGUAAAGCUCUUGCAGAGGCGAUAAAUGAGAGAAUAGGAUCCAACGUGGGGGAGUUCUUGAGCGUCAUUGGUCAAUGGCAGGCGGAGCAACAGAAGCAAGUUCUCGAUUUCCAGGUGAAUGUGCAUUUUAUAUGUACGUUUAAGCAGUGCUAGUUGACUUUUAAUCAGGAAAACUGUUUGUCUACUUCCGCAUGUUGCCAUUUUGAAAAUUAAAUACGUUGAUUUGAAUGGGGUUGAUCGUCUUCAUGGGUCAGAGUGCUUCAUUUAGCUCAAUUUAGGCAUAUUUUUUCCCAGGUAGUUUGCACAUUUUCUGUGGGAACACUCUGUUAGUCAACAUUUAUUGAGAUCGAAUACGCAGCAUCAGGGUAUAGUCAAGGAAGGUCAAGAUGCAGAAUUAUGGUUGCAUUUUUUAUUUCACAAACGCAUUGCCCAACACCAUUAGAUCAUCAUUGUUUGUUUAGGGUCGUAUGAAAUUGUUCCUUGGAAACGUAGCCCUUAGAUGGCUGCCCAGAAAACAGGAGAAUUCCAAAUGGGCAUUCCCUCUCGCAUUGUUAACCCUAACGGAAAUAAAAGUCAACGGUUGGAUUGCAGGGAAGACUUGGGCUAUCCCUUUCUGAUAACAGUGCGGAUUGAAAGGUUUUGUUGAUGAGUUUGAAAGAGAAGGAUAUGGAAAAAACAGUUAGAAAGUUUAGCUCUGUCGCCCUUCACAUGGAUUCUUGAUCACCAGCUAUCCUCGGUGUGGACUGGAAGCGCCCCUUUGGAUUAUGAACGUUAAAAAGGGCACAACUGAACUGCUUGUUGCCCUCGACCCAUUCAUCCUCUGAUGUCAAGCAGAUCAGUUUUCCAUGUUCUAGCGUCUGUGACAGUCGUUGCUAAACACCAUCUGUGAUAAAGUGAGGCUAGCUUUUGUGCAGGAAGAGGUAAUGCAGAGGGCGAAAAAGGCAAAGGAGAAGGCGUCAGCAGAGGCGUUGGCGGCGGAGGGCAGCGGCUUGUCGACAUCUUCGAGGGCAUCCUCGGCGCCUGCAAUUGGGCGUCCGGUAUCAGCAUCAAAUGAGGAUGAUCCCAUGGAGGAAAUGCUCAAUGGCUAG